GGAAGAACCGGAGAGGGCAAUGGAGAGGGAGUGGCAAGCGGAGAGGGAAAGGGAAAGGGAGAGACAGGGGGAGGAGCAGGUGCCUGGAAAGGGGGAGGGAAGGCAGGAGGAGGCCAGUUACAAGGGGGAACAGGUUGACCUGUCAUUCAGUGUCAGGAAUAGAAAAGGGCCUGCAAGCCGCGACGCAGCUCUCACAAGCAGAGAGAGUCGACAGGGAAUGCCAGCCGCUUGCUCCUAUUCAGAGAGGUUGCUCACCACCAGACUACAGCCGAUACAACAGCUACAACAGCAACAACACGGUAUACUGCACAGAGCUGUACAAAGCUCCCAGCCAGAGACAGCCAGAGGAGGUGGACCGGGACCCACCAAGAAGUACCAGCCAAAAUACAAGCCUGCGAUACCCCAGCUCGGGAGCUCCGUUCCUGGAUGUGUCUCAGUUAAUGGCUCCAGCUCCAGCAUGGGCAGCAAGCUGGAUGAGGAGGACAACGAGGUGAAGUGGUUCAGUGACGUGGCCUUCCACAGCCUGUCCUCUGGAUCCCCUCAGGUGGACUACCUGGACAUAUACAACUCCAGCCACCGCUCCUCCACCGGAGCCUCCCAGCCCUCCACCCAGGACAGCCCAGCGGGGGCUAAUGCAGCCUUGCUGGCCUACGUGGACCUCAGAGGGUCUGCUCCACGGCUGGACAAUGAAGACUUCCCAGUCCCACGCCAGCAGCAGCAGCCCUCCUCUGGGGCUUAUUAUCCACCCCAUGACGACCUGGACUCGUCCAAAAAAUAUGAGAUGGGCAGCUUUGAGUGUGUGGACGUGGCUGUGGAGAGAGAGGAGCCCAAGAAGGUGAUGAGAGGAGUGCCCAAGAGACAGAUCCAGCUGAAGAGAAGGAAUACGGCCGAGCUGAAGCUGGGUGAGAACAGCGACAGUAGUCCCAUCAUGGUUCCUAGUCCUGUAAUGGUUCCUGUGGCUCCUGUGGCUUCUAUAGUUCUGAUGGACAGUACCUCUCUAAAGAGACACAACAGAGAGACGUUGCAGAGACAACACAGCACUCCUCCGGCAUUGCAGGAAGCCUACUGCCCGGAACCCAGCCCUGAACCUGCCACCGAGAGGACUGAGCAGACCAAGAGGAAUGGCAAGCUCCAGAAGUCUUUGUCCCUGGACGAGACAUGUACCAAAACCAAGAUGGCCACCUGCCUGAUCAACAACAUCCUCUCCAAGAAGAUGCAGAAUGUUGGUAAACAAACUGACCAGGAAGGAGAAGGAGGUGACCUCAGCCCCUCUGAGGACAAAACCCCUCUUCCCCCUGAUAGUGAGGCGUCAACCGUUAAAGAGUCCACAAAACCAGAGACACGGAAUCUGAGUUCCAGCAUAAACUCACGAAACAGUUUUUCUUCUGAGCACCUGGCUGUGAGGAGAGAUACCAGUCCAAACAUUGACGUAAACAGACAACAUGGAAGUUUCGGGGUGAAAUCCAGUGUUAGACGAAUGAACCAUACUAUUAAUACUGACUCCACUUCUCUACAGCGAAGCAACGAGAGGCCUGAACCUACCAGCACAACCCCUGAGAUGAGUCCCAACGCACAUGUUGCUACUGUUACCUUUCCUCGGAGAAGCAACGAGAGGCCUGAACCUACCAGCACAACCCCUGAGAUGAGUCCCAACGCACAUGUUGCUCCUGUUACCUUUCCUCAGAGAAGCAACGAGAGGCCUGAACCUACCAGCACAACCCCUGAGAUGAGUCCCAACGCACAUGUUGCUCCUGUUACCUUUCCUCGGAGAAGCAACAAGAGAAUUGAAUCUCACAGCAACAGAAGCCCUAACCAUGUUAGCCCUUGGAUGAGAUCUGAGCCCCUUACUACUAGUUGUCCUCAGAGAAACGGCGACAGAACUGAGUCUCCUGCCAAAAACCCAAACUCUUGGAGAACUGACCCGGUCAAACCAGAGAUGAGGUCUGAACUGGUGUUCCCGUUUGAGAGUAAAAAACCCACAGAGAAGAAUGCCAAUAUGGGGGGUAAGCAGACACAUGACAGUAAAUGGAGGGAUGAGAGGGAUUACAAACAGGCCGGUGACUCAGCAGAUGCAGCUGCCCGGAACACCAGUGUUCCCACUGCCACCCGAGCCAGCAGCACGCAGGCAGGAAUGACAAACACAAAGCUGGAAUACCCCUCUGACUCUUUAAACCAUAAAAAUCCGAGCGUCAAGAGCACCUACAUGUCCAAAACACCAGAGAUCACUCUGAAACCCAGCCCUGUUACAGAGAUAAAGAAAACCUCUUCUCUCAACAUCUCACUGUUGCCCGAGAUAGAAACUAAACCUGAGGAUAACCACGAGACUGCCUCCCCUGGGAAGACUUGUCAGAGAGAAACAAAAGAAGAAGACAGGACAGUGGAGACUUCACAUGCAGAAGCCAGAGAGGAAGACAGGAGAAUAGGGACUUCACAUAGAGAAACAAGAGAAGAAGAGAAGGGGGUGAAUACCUUGAACAAGAUGAAUGAACAGACUUUGAAUAUGGAUGCCAAUAGGAACAGUAAAGCCAAAGCUCCCCUGCACAAAGUGAGAGAUGUGAGAAGGCUGGUGAAAAACACAUACAACCUGUCGUUCAAGGCCAUGCCAGCACCAGAGAAGGAGGAGAGGAGUGAGGAGAGGGGAGAGGAACAGAGACAGGAAAGGAGAGAGGCUAGAAAAGAGGAAAGGAAGGGGGAAAGGAGGGAAGAGAAGAAAGAGAAAAAGCUACCACCUCACCCAAUAUCUCUCCAGAAAGAGAAAAAGCUACCACCUCACCCAAUAUCUCUCCAGAAAGAGAAAAAGCUACCACCUCACCCAAUAUCUCUCCAGAAAGAGGAAAAGCUACAACCUCACCCAAUAUCUCUCCAGAAAGAGGAAAAGCUACCACCUCACCCAAUAUCUCUCCAGAAAGAAGAAAAGCCGAUGCAGAUGGAAUUCAAAGCUAUCAGCUGGAGAGAAAACAAAAACAAAACAACAACAACGUCCAACAAAACAGACAGAGAAACGUCUAGAUGCGAACCUAAGCCUGAUUCUUUACAGCAGGUGUCCAAAGGACCCCGGAACCUCUCUGAUGUAGCAACUAAGAGUUGCGCAACAGAGGAAGUAGCUGUGACAGAGACAGAGUCAAACCAACACAAGACCCCUGUAAAGGACAUUGUCAAAACAGAACCAGGCAACAUCAAGAUGAAACCCAGUGAAACAGAGUCACUGAGAGUAAACAGGGGACACCGAAGUAUAUCAGAGGCUAGUGACAAAUCUGAAGUGGUGAGAAGAGAUACCAAGCCACCUAUGCUGGGCAGCAGCCCUAAACUCCCCAGUAAAGACAGAAGAGUGUCUUGUGCUUCUCUGGUGUUACAGGAUGGAUCAAAUAAGCCCAAGUCAUUCUCAGCCUUAGUUCCUGCCUGGUCCCCAGGUCCAGCUCCAGCAUUCCCAGCCCCUUUUCCUGCCUGUUCCCCAGGUCCAGCUCCAGCGUUCCCAGCCCUAGCUCCAACCCUGGCCUCCUCACCCUCACUUGGUCCCAAGGCUUCGCCAGCCCCAGCUUCUCCUCCAGCACCAGCUUCAUCCCCAGUUCUAGGCACUCCAUCUUCCACUGUCCCCGUCAAGACCCCUACCCCCAGCCACUCUGUGUCCAUACUGGUCAAGGAGAAGGGCUACCAGGCAGAUAUUGGGUCUUUGGUCUCUGAGGCUGUGUCAGAAGCCAUAACAAGGAGUGGGCAUGAAGGUGGGGGUGGAGGUGGAGGCAUCCCAGGGAAACAUAUCAACCAAAUAGAGAUCCCUCUUCAGACCCGUGGGCCCUCAGAUGGGGGUACGAGUGACUCACACAGACAGAGAACUUACUCGUCCUCUUCUUCAUCCUAUGUGAAAGCAGCCUCAUCCGUAUCAUCCUCAAGCACUGUGAAAGAAACCUCAUCCUUCUCCUCGACCUCUGUCAAUGCCUUAACUUCAGCCUCAUCCUUUUCCUCAUCUCCCGUCAAUGCAUCAGCCUCUUCCUCUCAUACCCAUUCGGCCCCAAAUUCUCCAGGGCUUCGAAGAGACUCUGCUCAAACGGAAGACAGUGUUAGGACCCCUUCGAAUCAGGAGAGGGUUAGUGUCAGAGCCACGGUCAGAGACAUAGAGCAACGCACGACAUCAUCACCACCAACCUCACCUAAGUUACCAGGCUCGCUACCAGGCUCACCAGCACUGAUGAGAAGAUACCGACCACAAGUGAUCGAGGUGAGGUCGUUGUCCAAAGAAAUACAUAAACAAGAUAAACAAGAGAAGAACAUCACGUCAAACACCAGACCGCAAACUAUAGAGGUUCACUCAAUAGCCAACGGCCCACCACUGGCACUGAAACCAAAGUUCAGACAAACAGAUGCAAAUUCACUGUCCAAUGAAACACAGCAGAAACCAGUGGAGGCAGCAACAUCAACCUUCAAACAGAACACAGAAGAGGAGAGACCUGUGAACAAUGAGAAACCAUCAACUUCAGCUACGACUAUCCACAGACAUCUAUCGAAUGAUUCGACCCCAGCGUCUAACUACAAUAAAAAGUUAUCAGUUUCUGCAGUGUCUAGCUACAGGCCUUCACCUACCAACACAACAAUCAUCGCUAGUUUCUCUCACAAACCAGCAUCAACAACAGUAGACGCAGAGACAUCCAAUGAAAGGCCAAAGCAACCAGAGGCCUCAACCCAGGGACAAGGAGAGGCCCCCAGCUACACACAGAGACCCACAACCCUCACAGUCUCAGCCCCAGCUCCAGCUCCAGCCCCAGCUCCGAACCAAGCCCCUGCUGCCCCAGAUCCUGCCCCAGAUCCUGCCCAAGUCCCUACCCAUGCCCCUGCCCAAGUCCCUACCCAUGCCUCUGCCCAAGUCCCUACCCAUGCCCCUGCCCAAGUCCCUACCCAUGCCCCUGCCCAAGUCCCUACCCAUGCCGCUGCCCAAGUCCCUACCCAUGCCGCUGCCCAAGUCCCUACCCAUGCCCCUGCCCAAGUCCGUACCAAUUCCCCUGCCAUACACUCAAGCCAGUCAGCUGUUGUGGAUAUAACUAACCACCUGCAGCAUCCAAAAACAAAAACAGCAUACCCUCAGGAGCAAACUAUGCCAGUUACCUUCAACAAUACAAACCAACCUGCCACGGUAUCCACAAACACACAGGCUCCCGUAUACACACACCACAUACACACACAGCAGCCCAUACACAGAUCCUUGUCCAGCGACCACUCGCAGAGGGCAGAUGACCUGCGUUUCUAUGCAUCAGAUGACCCCCCUAGUUAUGACGAGAGAGAGAGGUUCAGCCCCCUCCACCUACCUGACCUGCCCCAGAGGAAGCUGAACCGCUACCACCCCUCCUCUCCCUUCUCCUCUGCCUCAUCCUGUCCCCCUCCCUGCUCCUGCACCUCUGGCUGCCCCUCCCACGGCCUUACACCCCCUCACCACCACCACUCCCCCCACACCCCUCCCUUCUCCUCCCCCUCCCACUCCCCUGGUCAGCCCCCUCUCCGCCUACACCAGUGCAGAGCGGAUCCCCAUUCUCUGAGAUCAAUCGGCUACCAGCCCAGCUCUCCCAAAUCAUCCACCCUCCCCAGCCCCACCCAGCCCCCUCCAGGCAUGUACCAGUCCCUCCACCAACCCCACCCCUCCAUACUCCAGUCCUGCCUGGCUGACCGCCCUCUCCAGCACCCCCAACACAUGGAACCCCGUCGGGCCCCCACUCUCCACCGCUCCCCCCAGGGCCAGCCAUCUGUCUCCGGGGGCCCCUACAGUGACCACAGCCACUCUCCCAACCUGCCCCCUAUGGACCCUCAGUACUUGUGCAGCUCACAGAGCCUAGGGCCAUCCUAUGGAUCUGAUUAUGGGAGUCUGUCUGGGUCUGACUACCCAGACAGUACAGGUGGUCUGGGGUACGGGCAAACCCCUCGCAGGGUCCUCAUCGAUCCUGACACGGGGAAGUAUUUCUACAUUGAGGUGCCUGUGCAGCCACUGAGGAAGAUGCUGUUUGAUCCAGAGACGGGCCAGUAUGUGGAGGUGCUCAUCCCUCAGAGUACCAUGUCUCACUCAGGCCUUUACCCUCCCUUGGCCGCCCCCUACUCCACUGCCUCAGCGGCCCCCUACUCCUCCAUCCACAACCCCAAUAUAUAUGCCCCUGCCCCCCCAGUACCUCCCCUAUGGCCCCCCUCCUCCUGCACCUCAUCCCCAGUCCCAGUCCCAGCCACCCCGCCACCCAGAGGCUCCAGUCCCAGGGACGAUGCACCUGAAUGGGGCUCAGGUCGGCUACGGGAGCCCCGGGAGCCAGGGGUCCAAGCCGGAGCCCCAGAGUCAUGCACCUCUGGACCAGAGCUACCUGGAUAGCAUGUACUAUGUCCCUACAGGCAUGAACACUAGCCCCCCCGGACUGCUACCACAAACAAGCCUCCAGUCUGCCCAACGCGGGUGGUAAGAGGGCUUGAAAUAGUCGUCUUCCUGGUGCCUGUAGGGUCUCAGAAUACAGCCAUGCCAGGGUGUAUAUGAGGUGCUCUAAUGUAAGCCUCAGGCCUUGAUGUUAGCUUUGUUUCCCUGGCAACUGGACUGGAGUGAAUGAUUCUUUAGUUGUGGUUGUUUGUUGUUUUUUAAAUGUUUUGUUGUUUAUGUUCUUUGCUGCUUUUAUUUGCCUGGUUGCCUGAUUAUGUUAGCUUUUUAUGCAUUGAUUUGGUAAGAGAAGGUCCGUGAGGAUAUUUCUGAUAUUUCUAAUGAUAUUUUUCUUCGACAAAAACCAAAAAAUGGAAAUGUUCUACUGGUUACCUAAAAGCCAUCAGGUGCCUUUAUCCAUUCUCAUAGAUUGAUUAUCCAUUCACUCUAAACAAACACUUACUGUUUGCAUUUACAUUACGUUUAGAUACAUGUUUCAAUGCAUACGUCUAAUAUUUAAAUAAAUUCACCUUGUAUUAAAACCAAUAUCUCCUAAAGACUUGAAACUGCUAUUUGGGAAGAUCUCAUGGAUGUGAUGUUUUUCUCUGUUCAUUAAUGAAUGAAUAGGUUUUGUUCACAAAGAAGCUGCAAUGACACUAAUAAAAAUGUGUAAGAUAUUGAAUGUAAUAAAACUACUGUAG